GGUCACAUUCACUCCAACUGUAGAGCACUGCAGCAUGGCAACUGUAAUUGGCUUGUGCUUGCAGGUUAAGCUCAUGCGCUCUUUGCCACCUCGGUACAAGGUGGAUAUUAGAGUUGCACCAGGUACUCAUGCCACCGAAGCUGCAGUAAAUAAACAGCUGAAUGAUAAGGAACGGGUGGCAGCAGCUUUAGAAAAUCCGAACCUGCUCAAUAUGGUUGAUGAGUGUCUUGCCCCAUCUUACGAAUGA